AGGGGGAUGUGGAUAGGAUCUCCUUGCUGGUUUUGUGGUGCUAGUGACAAAGGAGCUCAUAAAAAGUUGCAUGGAUCUACUGCAAAAAUUCCUUGGAAAGUUGAUUGUAAUAGAAACUUGAAGAGAAGAGGAAAAUAUCGCUCAUGGGUGUACAUGACGCUUGACCAAAGAGAAACAAAGACGAAACAAAAGGAAGAUUUUAGCAAAGGUUCGUUAUCCCUACCUCAGAGACCGAGAAGAAAUAGAAAAUCCGAUGCCAUUCGUUCCUUAACCAGAGAAACCAUACUCUUGCCUCAACACCUGGUCUAUCCCAUCUUUAUUCACGCUGACUCAUAUGUGAAACCCAUUCCUUCCAUGCCAGACUGCCAAGUGCAUAGUAUAUCUUCCAUGCUUGAACAAGUUGAUAUGGCGUAUCGUUGGGGAGUACAGAACGUGAUUCUUUUUCCAAAAAUAGAUGUGAAACUCAAGUCUAAUACAGCAAGUGAAUGUUAUAACCCGAAUGGAUUGGUACCUCAAGCAAUCAGUGAGAUCAAGAGCAAGUUUCCCAAAGUAAUGGUUUGGACAGACAUUGCCUUGGAUCCUUAUUCAAGUAUGGGUCAUGAUGGUAUGGUAGGAGAUAUUGUUCAAGGAAAACAGAAACAAUCCGUCAUAUUGAAUGACGAAACGGUACAACAAUUGUGUAGACAAGCACUAUGUCAUGCAGCAGCAGGAGCGGAUGUCGUAGCACCUUCUGAUAUGAUGGAUGGAAGAAUCGGAGCUAUUCGUAUGGCAUUGGAUGAAAAGGGAUAUACUUACGUCAGCAUUUGUUCUUAUACUGCAAAGUAUGCUUCUUCAUUUUACGGUCCUUUUCGAGAUGCUUUGGAUUCUGCUCCAGUAGAUAUUCCAGGAGUACCUAAAGAUAAGAAGACUUAUCAAAUGGAUCCAGGAAAUGCUUUGGAAGCUCUGAGGGAAAUGGAAUUGGAUGAACAUGAAGGUGCAGACAUGCUCAUGGUCAAACCAGGAUUGCCUUAUUUGGAUAUCAUUCGAUUGAUUCGAGAAAAUACUACGCUGCCAGUUGUGGUUUAUCAAGUAUCUGGAGAGUAUGCAAUGAUUAAAGCUGCAACACAACAAGGUUGGUUGGAUGAAAAACAAUGUGUCAUGGAAAGUUUGUUAUGCUUUCGACGUGCAGGUGCCAACGCAAUUCUUACUUACUUUGCGAAAGAUGCUGCACAAUGGUUGGUUGAACAAGAUGAUAUUGCUCGCAAAAGUUUUUUGCAAUAAGAAGGAUUCAAAGGUAGUUUUACAACGUGUCAGGGACAUCUA